GAAACUUUACUAUUGAGAUCUUUGUCUUGGUUCACCUUACCAGCUAGCUCAACUUGCCUGCAAGUCCAUAUCAUGGUGACCAUAACACCUCCUCAGCCAAACGAAGCAGAGCAAAAGAAAAGAAAGCAGACCUUGGAGCGCGCAAAAGCAAAUCAUCUCUCGAAACAACUACAGAUGCGCCUGCAGUACGCAAAGCUCAAGGUUGAGCACGGUUGGGUGCGCUAUCUUAUUAUUUCCCGUCAGCUAAUGUGGUGGUUGAUUGCCUGACCGUCGAUUAGCAACGCCAAAACUUGAACGAGGUCGAGAACCUCUACUUCCAUCAUUCGCAGGUGCGCGGGCUGCGUCCUGUCGUACCUUCAAAAGCAGUCCCUCUACUAUCUAUGAAUUCCGUGCCUCCCACUGCACCCGCACCCGAACCUCUCGCACCCAUCGUAGUCGAUGAGACAUCGCAGCAGGUUACCAUUAGCCAGGCACCUCCUGUAGAUAAUUCCCGAGAGGCUACGUCCCCGCAGCGAGCAUCCAAUUCCCCUAUUGCAUCAGCAUCGACUCUCGGGCAGCAUACGCUCACUAAUACCACUUUGAAAUCUGUUACUCUGCCCCUACACACAGCACAAACCCUCCCCGAGAAGGCGCCCUCCCAGGAGCCGUCUCAACCUACUCCCGCUCCUGUUCACCCCACCGCUUCGUACAGCUCCCUCGAUUUCAGCGACCCAGCAACGAUAGCGAGGUUCACGCAAAUGCAAAUACAGCCCCAACUUCAACUUCCAUCUCAGGUUCAACCACAGAGCCAAACACCAACUCAGGUUCAAACAAACGUACAACCUCAACCACAGCCCUACAACCCCUACAUGCCCCUCACUCGACAGUCCUCCCAGCCCCAACCCAACCCCUUUACUCCCCAACCCCCUCCGCAGUACUCCUUCACUCAAUCCUAUCACGCAACCUCGCUCCAAAAUCAGUCCAACCCUCAAAUCUCUCAUUCACAGCCCAGCGCCAACUCGCAGUCUUCGUUUGGAAAUGGAAAUGGGAGCGGCCCGCUGACCUACGACAGCUUCUGGUCGACGCAUGCGAGCGCAGGGUCACUAUAUCGUACCCAUGCAGGUUUCACAGCGAGCGCGACGCCAACUGGGCAUGUCGCAAUGAUCACCCCUGGCGGGCAUGCAGCUGUGAUGACAGCCGAGGGGGUGUAUGUCGGUGCUGCAGGGUAUACGGGCCGCGUCAGUGGGUAGAGAUCAUACUGCCUUGGACUCUACUUUGCUUUGUUGCUUAUUCUUUGGCGUUGCUGGGUGGGUUGGGCGCGUUUGUAAGAACCACUUUGGAUUGCUUCAUGAUGUUAUGGUACAUUCACACUUACUACUUCGUUCUGCUCCUAAUUACAUUUGCACGUUGGUGACCGAUAUUCCUAUGGUCCUCUGGGCAAGAUCUAAUUGCUCCGGUAUGUAGUAUGAUUCCUUAGGACGCUGACACUGACAGGGACAACAAAAAUGCCUAAAAUUCGGUAUAUGGAUGCAUGACUAUAGUAACUCUACUUCUACUAACUAGCACAUUAUAAGC